GGACGCGGCGCCUUCCCCAACGUGCGCCAAUUCACAAGCCAGAUGACACCCAUCUCCUUUCCGCUUUCCCUUUCCUCCUCGCCACCGCCGCCGGAGGAACGGAGCUGAGCACGCCGGCGCCUCGUCGUUAUCCAUCACUCCUUCGGAGAAAGGCGCAGCAGUUGGGGAAACAGAACAGGCCGGCCCUGCUUCUUGAUCCGGGCGCGUUCGAUCGAUUGGUUCGCUCUUUCGUUUCCCAGUGUAAAUCUUCUUGUUUCUUGGGUGGUUGAUUGCUUGCACUGUUACGAUUUCGAUGUGGUUGAGCGGAGGAGAAGAGUUUGUGCUUUUUAGCCUUACCGGUCAAUGGGAUGUGAAUUGGAUCCUACUCUGGAUCAAGUUCUUAAUCCAAUUGAUUGGUUAUCCCAGACAAAGUGUCAAUUGUUUGCGCAUGCUAGUAUCUAGUAUGUGAUUUUGGCUUAAUUGGGACUUUAUGAGUAGUUGGCAGCCGGGAUCUGGAACUGUGGACGAAUACUGGCUGUUACACGGUUGAUUCGAGCUUAGGCAACUUCAGCUUCAUGAGCUCCGAAAAAACACUGGUAUCAUCUUAUUCAACAGGGAACAGCAGCAUCUUCUUGCUCUGCCUCUUCGCAGGAUACUUGGGAAUUCCUGGUGGAAACUUCCACUUGAUGUCCUAGGAGCCACCAUUCGCAGUGGAGGGAACCUACUUUAAACUUUACUGUAGCAUAAGUCUUUAGAUUCAGUUAGUGCGGAACCUUGUCCUAGGAGCCACCAACAUUUGCCUUCCUAGGCCUUUGAAAGAUGGUUCCUUCUCAAACAUCCUCUCUGACUGCAACCCUUGAGCAGGGCCCCAACCUCUGCCCGGUAAAAGUACUUCUCCCAAUGGGUCCCCUGGAUGCCGUCUCCACUGAAAAUGUCGAGUAUGAUUUCUCAGAUGUUUUUGGUUCCACUCCAGUCCAGACGCCAACAGGCCUUUGUGUUCUUUAUCCGGACAGCCCUGCAGCUUUUGUCGAGUCCAAUGAAGAGGUUUACAAUGAUCCUGUUGUCAUCGUCAAGCGAUCCCAUUCUCUUGUUGGUCCAACAUCACUUGUUAGCCUGUCCUUGCGGCUAAGCAAGCUUAAUCUAGAAAAAACAGAGGGAUCAUCAGAACUUGUAAGCUGCCCCUCGGAAAAAAAGGAAAGGAACCUAGGGCAGCUUAGUGAUGAAGAGUUUGAUAAUGCUACAGCAGAGAAUGAGGGUGUUGGGCUUGAUGACUUCGAAAUCUUGAAGCUUGUUGGCCAAGGGGCAUUCGGCAAAGUAUUUCAGGUGAGAAAGAAAGGGACUUCAGAGAUAUAUGCAAUGAAAGUUAUGAGGAAGGAUAAAAUCCUGGAAAAUAACCAUGCCGAGUACAUGAAAGCUGAGAGAGAGAUACUGACAAAAGUAGACCACCCUUUCAUAGUGCAACUGAGGUAUUCAUUUCAGACAAAAUAUCGACUUUACCUUGUCCUGGACUUCAUAAACGGGGGGCAUCUCUUCUUCCAGCUCUACAAGCAUGGAUUAUUUAGGGAGGAACUUGCACGAAUCUAUACUGCAGAAAUUGUAUCUGCUGUCUCCCACCUUCAUGCCAACGGAAUUAUGCAUAGAGAUCUGAAGCCCGAAAACAUCCUUCUUGAUGCUGAUGGCCAUGCCAUGCUCACUGACUUUGGCCUUGCAAAAGAGUUCCGUGAGGAUACCAGAUCCAACUCGAUGUGUGGUACUCUCGAGUAUAUGGCCCCGGAAAUUAUUCUUGGUCGGGGGCAUGAUAAGGCUGCGGACUGGUGGAGUGUGGGAAUCCUCCUCUUUGAAAUGCUUACGGGCAAGGCCCCAUAUGUUGGGAACAGGGACAAAGUUCGGCAGAAAAUUGUAAAAGAGAAACUGAAGCUUCCUUCGUUUUUGUCUAGCGAAGCUCAUUCCCUCUUGAAAGGCCUUCUGCACAAGGAAGCCAACAAGCGGCUGGGCAGCGGCCCCAGCGGCAGCGACGAGAUAAAGAACCACAAGUGGUUGAAGCCGAUCAACUGGAGGAAGCUGGAGGCCCGGCAGAUCCAGCCGAGCUUCCGGCCGAACGUCGCCGGCCUAACCUGCAUUGCCAACUUCGAUGAGUGCUGGACGAGGACGCCCGUGCUGGACUCCCCGGUGACCACCCCCGCCUCCGGCGGGCACAGCAACUUCGCGGGGUUCACCUACGUCAGGCCGGCGCCGAUCCUUGAGGAGGUCAAUCCAUCCAGCUCUAGGCUGGAGGACUCGGACGAUUAGCGCAUUGGAAAUGUGCGUGCAAUUUUGAUCGACUGUGACAUGUACUUAAUAAUUAUGUGCGUCGUAUCUGCAGAGUCUUGUACCCUUUUUCUUUUGUUUUUUUAGCCGAGCUGUGCAGACUGCAGAGUGCUGUUCUACAAGAGAGAUGUAACGUGUUGUAUACCAAAUGUGUACCAUUUGCAUGGGAACACUCAGUCUAGGAAUAAAAUAAAUAGUUGGUGUAUAA